ACCCCCGAACAGACGCAGAAAGAAAUCGCUCUUGUCUCAGUGUUAUUCGAACUUGUCAACAUGGGCAGCGCAACUUUACUCCUCGCAGUGAUCGCUCUCUUGGGCUGUGUACAAGGCUCAUUGGGCGCAGGUUAUGUUCAGGGUUGGGGAAAAGGUCUUGCAAUUGACUCAAAAAAUGCAGUAACUUACUCGUUUCACGCAACAGCGUCUGAAAACGAUGCGAAAGAUAUCUGGAAGAUAUCUGCUUACGCAAACACUGAGGCUGUUAACAUCGACAAUCCUCAAGCUAAGCUGAUCAAAACGGCUUCUUCCAAGGAUAUCGACUUCAAGGGUACGACGGUACUGGCUGGUUUUGGCGGUUGUCCGGACGAAAAGAACUACGCCUGUAUCUAUGUCACAAGAGGCGAAGAUGUGGUUAUAAAUCACUGUUUCCCGACUAAGGCGCCAAACUGUAUAAAUGGAGGAGGAGGAGAAGAAGAACAGAACCCGCAAAGCACGGGAAAAGCGUCAUGGGGUUUCGUUGCAACUCCAACAUUGGUCAGCGGCAGUCAAAGCAACAUUAAUGUGCAGUUCCGUUUCGAAGCUGCGUAUACACCAGGUGCUUAUUCGGGCCAGUGGAAAAUGUCCGUCUACGGAAGCGCCACUGACAGCCCUGGCAGGGAAGAUUUGGUCGCGAGGUACAACGUACUUAGCUUCGCCGACAGGGCUCAGGGUGACGAGGUGGUCUUCACACCGAGUUUUAUUUUGAGGAGAAUGAACGGCUGUUCCGGCGACAACUACGCUUGUUUAAUAGUAUACAGAGGUGGAGAGAAGCUGGCCGACGGGUGCCUGAAAUUUACGCCACCUUGUUCAGGCCCAG